AUGUCAGAGAAACUAUCUAUUCAACCACCAGAAGACGAAGAACUUCAGAUCGAAAGUAAAUAUACCAAAGAGAAAAAAAUCGGGGAAGGGACAUACGCGAAACUAGUACAAACGGAAAUUGGUUUUCAGGGUAUAGAGUUAUCAGCUGUUAGAGAAGUAAAAGUUUUACGAGAAUUAAGACAUCCUAACAUUAUCGAGUUAAUUGAUAUUUAUUCACAUCAAACAAAUUUACAACUUGUAUUGGAAUAUUUGGAUUCAGAUUUAGAAAUGAUAAUUAAGGAUGAAAGUCUUGUAUUCGUGUCGGCUGAUAUUAAGAGUUGGAUGCUGAUGACAUUACGCGGUUUGGAACAUUGUCAUCGAAAUUGGAUUCUUCAUCUGGGUAAAGAUGGUCAAUUAAAAAUUGCCGACUUCGGUUUAGCGCGUGAUUUCUCAGACCCACAUGUCAAGAAUAUGUCACCUCAAGUUGUAACAAGUUACGCAGUUGAUAUAUGGGCAGUAGGAUGUAUCUUUGCCGAAUUAAUGUUACGAACACCAUAUCUUCCUGGGGAAACAGAUAUAGGACAAUUGGAAACGAUAUUUUCAGCAUUAGGGACACCAACUGAAGAUGAAUGGCCGGGAUUUACGGAAUUAUCGAAUAAUGUUCGAUUUCAAAAAUAUGCUCGGACACCUCUUAAACAACUUUUUACAGCUGCAGGAAAUGAUGCGAUAGAUUUAUUAGAAAAAUUAUUAGUGUAUGAUCCUAAUAAAAGAAUAACAGCUCGUGAGGCAUUAAAUCAUUCAUAUUUCAGGAAUAAACCAAGACCCACGCCACCAGAAAAUUUACCAAGAGCUUAUGUGUGGGACCCGGAAGGAAACAAAUAUAUGGAUUUCUUAUGUGCCUAUUCUGCUGUGAAUCAAGGCCACUGUCAUCCAAAAAUUGUAAAAGCUUUAUGUGAUCAAGCACAAAAACUUACUUUGAGUUCUAGAGCUUUUUAUAAUGAUGUUUUUGCGGUAGAAACUGGCAUCAAAUUGGCCCGUAAAUGGGGUUACCUUAAAAAGGGAAUCCCGGAAAACAUGGCAAUAAUACUAUCAUGUACUAACAAUUUUCACGGUCGUACAAUGGCAGUCAUUUCUAUGUCAAAUGACUCCGAUUCCCGCACGGGAUUUGGUCCUUUUAUGCCACGUAUUGGUUCAACUUGUCCAGUUACUGGGCGUUCGAUUCAAUUUAAUUCACUUAAAGAUUUGGAAGAAACAUUGGAAAAACAUGGUCCUCAAGUGGCUGGAUUUUUGGUUGAACCAAUUCAAGGUGAAUCCGGUAUAAAUGUGCCGGACAAUAAUUACUUAAAGAAGUGUUAUGAACUUUGUAAAAAGCAUAACGUUUUAUUAAUCGCCGAUGAAAUUCAAACUGGUUUGGCUCGCACGGGUAAAAUGCUUUGUCAAGAACAUGAUGGAAUUAAAGCAGAUAUUACCUUAUUAGGUAAAGCACUUUCGGGUGGUGUUUAUCCGGUAUCUGCAGUUCUAGCCGAUAAAGAAGUUAUGUUAUGCAUCAAACCUGGAGAACAUGGUUCAACUUAUGGUGGAAAUCCAUUAGGUUGUGCGGUAGCGAUAGCAGCAUUAGAAGUAAUUAAAGAGGAAAACCUGGUAGAAAGAUCUGCUACGUUGGGCGAAAAAUUUCGUCAAGCUUUACGUAAAAUUGAUUCGCCACUUAUUCAAACAGUGCGAGGCCGAGGGCUAUUAAAUGCCCUGGUGAUCGAUGAGACCAAGUCCAAUAAAACGGCUUGGCAAAUUUGUCUAUUACUUAAAUCUCGAGGAUUAUUGGCCAAACCGACCCACCAGAAUAUUAUUCGUUUGGCACCAACAUUAAAUAUUACUGAAGAAGAACUCAUGGAAGGGGUUAAAAUUAUAGAGAAUUCGUUAUACGAUAUCGUUAAAAUGAAAGAUGAAGAUAUUCCGGGGUAUUUGGAAGAUUUGAAAUUACAGGGUCACUAA